UCAUUACCUUUCUGCACCAAAUGAGGCCCAUGACAGUGAAAUUCUUGAGUGUUUCUUUUGAUUUCUUGAUCGUUUCUUCCAUCUUAUUAGCUUUUUCUGCGAAGGCAGUUAAAAUCGGUGUGAUGGUUAACCCUUACCUGCCUACUCGAAGAGAGCAAGAAGCAGCCAUCAGGAUUGCAGCACGACACUUCAAUUCUUCUUCGCCACUCGUUCUACGAUUCAACGAAACCAAUGAUGAUCCCGUUGAAACGUCAACAACUGCUAAAGAUAUGGUUGACUGGGGAGCAGAAGUAAUCAUUGGCAUAGGAACAACCCACAGUUCCAUGGAAAUUGGCGCCAACAACUUGGAGCUGCACUUUGGCUCACUUUUUCUCCCCUCUUUUAUGCCCAUGGUGAGCUACUCAAAAAUGUUAUAACUAGCCAAACUUAUAUAGUUCUAGUGUAGUUAAUGUAACACAUGCAAUUCCGUCUAUAUUUAGUUUGUAUGAUUAUUUAACAUUGUCUCUCUAUUCUCUUCACAUAGGAAGGGUCUAUAGUUUCUAUACGAAAACAGUUAUUAUUGUUUGGCUCAUAGUGGUGCUAAUCUUGACCACUAGUUUCACAGCCAAUCUCAGCUCCAUUUUGACCAUUGAGAAAAUUGAACCAGUGCCAGCAGGGAGUAAAAUUGGCUAUGAUGGGGAUUACUUUGUCUUUAAGUACUUGCAGAAUGUGUUGAAUUAUAAGGCUCAAAAUAUUAUAAGAAUUAAAAAAUCGGAAGCCUACGAUGAUGCUUUUAGGAGUGGAAACAUCUCAGCAGCUUACAUGGAGACACCAUAUCUUAGGGUUUUCCUCUAUAAUUAUAAUAAGUACACUGUCAUUGGUGAGACGCACGUGCUUGGGGGAUUUGGAUUUGUUUUCCCCAAAGAUUCUCCUCUAGCGGAUGAUUUCUCGGAAGUCAUAUUGAAACUAACAGAGGAUGGAACAUUCAAGAAACUUGAAAAAGAUGAAUUCUCCUUCACCUUAUCCAACACUCCUAGCCCAGACAAUGAGAGGAGAAAGGAUAGCCUAAGCACAGAGUCCUUUUGGGCACUCUUUGUCUUCACUGGUUCCAUCUCGACGAUAAUGUUAAUACUUUUCAAAGGCCACCUAAUUCUUCAAAAUGGGAGAAGACUAUCAAAUGUAUUGUUUGGGCCCAUGAGACAAAGUUUUAACAUGGUUUGGACAAUGACCAAGAAACGAAGGAAAGAAGAAGAAAAGGUGUUCCCAGUAUCCUCUCAAGAAGGGACGAUCCAUGGACAAAAUGAGAUCACAAUAGAUAUUAAUCUCCCAUCAAACCAGUUAGCACCGGAUAUCCAACUUACGCCGACUAAUCAUGGAGGUGACCAGUCUGACCCCACGGAAAUUUUCCACUGGCCACUAGGAAAAUCAGAAAGCGCUCACAACAAGUGGCUAUCAGCUCAAUGUUCUUAGGUCAACUGCUUAUUAAGAAAAAAUCAUUCACUAAUUCGUCGAGACUAGGAGUACUCAAUCCUUAGAUGCCCGGAACUGAGAAGGUGUCAAGUCACUGCACCAUUGCCCCAGGGGAUAUAGCUUAUAAAGCUCCAUUUAUCUAAUGUAUGAUAUUAUUGAAGGUAACACAUGAUAUCACGGCAUAAUUAGGGAUACAACUCAUAUAUUUAUGUAGACAAAUCCUUGAUCAUAUCAUGACAUAAUUUGUGAAGUAGUUCAUAUUCAUGUGGAUAUAUGUCUAAUUUGUGUUAGCAUAUUGUAAUUUCCGUAUCUCAAACUUGAAGUCAACUGUCCUUUUGCAUAAGCUGAGUUCACCAAGCAAAAUAAUAUUUCCAUUG